AGACCCGGAGAGCACGCGCGUCCCAGCCACAGCCGCGGGCUCGGCGCUUCUCCGCGGCCGGGGACCCCGCGAGGGCCCAGUGUGGGAGCACUUGGAGCGCUGACUGCCCUCUGGUGGUGAACCAGGAUCUAUCCUGUGACCUGAGAUGCCCACUCUUGAUCAUGUGGUACUCACUGCAGCGAGGGCAGCUGAAGAGCAUCUGGUCUUCAAGUACGUCUGACGAGGGAGACUGAUGAGACAACCCUUCACUUCUACUUGGAUCCAUUUUCUUUUUAAACCCCGGAGGAUUUGGAAUCUGCGGGCGGCUCUGAGAUGAAGCCUCUGGCAGAAAGACCGGAGUUGUUUCUGGGCUUCAGGGAAUGGUCCCAUCCUUGACCGGGAGUAGCUAAGACUGAGUAGAUGCCCAGAGAGGGGCAUGUGGUGACAUGGAGCCGGAAAUCAACUGCUCUGAAUUCUGUGACAGUUUUCCUGGCCAAGAGCUGGAUCAGAGACCCCUUCAUGAUCUUUGCAAGACAACCAUUACCGACUCCCAGCAUGGUAGUUUGGACAUCUCCCCACUGUCUCCUGCCCUCCUGGGUGUUAUUUGGACCUUUCUCAGCUGUGGGCUACUUCUGGUGCUUUUCUUUCUGGCUUUCACGAUCCGUUGCAGGAAGAACAGGAUUGUGAAGAUGUCCAGCCCCAAUCUGAACAUUGUGACCUUGCUGGGCAGUUGUCUGACCUACAGCAGCGCUUACCUUUUCGGGAUUCAAGACGCUCUUGUGGGGAGUUCAGUGGAAGCUCUCAUUCAGACGAGACUGUCCCUGCUGUGCGUCGGGACGACCCUGGUGUUCGGCCCUAUUCUGGGGAAGAGCUGGCGACUCUACAAAGUGUUUACCCAGAGAGUCCCGGACAAGAGAGUGAUUAUCAAAGACCUGCAGUUGCUGGGGUUGGUGGCAGCCCUGGUGGUGGCUGAUGUAAUUCUGCUCGUGACGUGGGUGCUGACGGAUCCCAUCCAGUGCCUCCAGAUCCUUGGUGUCAGCAUGAAGGUGACAGGGAGAGAUGUAUCCUGCUCUUUGACCAACACACACUUCUGUGCUUCACGGUACUCUGAUGUCUGGAUUGCCCUGGUUUUGGGAUGCAAGGGGCUGCUGCUGCUGUAUGGUGCUUACCUGGCUGGCCUGACCAACCAUGUCAGCUCUCCUCCAGUGAACCAGUCUUUGACCAUCAUGGUCGGAGUCAACCUCCUGCUCCUCACUGCUGGCCUGCUUUUUGUGGUCACCAGAUACUUGCACUCCUGGCCCAAUCUGGUCUUUGGACUCACAUCUGGAGGUAUCUUCGUUUGCACCACCACCGUGAACUGCUGUGUCUUCCUUCCCCAGCUGAAGCAGUGGAAGGCAUUUGAAGGAGAAAACCAAACAAUCAGACACAUGGCCAAAUACUUCAGCACUCCCAGCAAAACCUUCCACAGCAAGUUCGACGAGGACCAGAGCUGCCACUUGAGAGAUGAGAAGAGCUGCAUGGAGAGGCUCCUCACGGAAAAAAACGCAGUAAUCGAAAGCCUGCAAGAGCAAGUGAGCAACGCCAAGGAGAAGCUGGUGAAGUUGAUGUCUGCGGAGUGCGCCCUGGACUCCCCAGAGUGGGCCAUCCCAGCUGCAGCCUCUGCCCGUGGACCUGCAGAAUGCCCCGCCGCUUCUGAGAAAGAGAGCGGAGCAGCUGCUGAGGACUCCCUACCUGCCUCAGCAGCCUCCCAGCACAUACAAGGCCCUGGGGCACCGAGAAGGGACGCCAGUCCCUCUCCAGACCAAAAGUACAACACGCCUGUGAAACAGUUUUGUGAUCAUCUGGACAUGGGCUGCAGCCAAAAGCCAAAGGCUGAACAAAGCGAGGGUCCUGAAAGAGGAAACCAGGAACCCAUGGCCCCCGGCCAGAGUUUAAUGACAGAUGGAGUGGCCCGUGAACCCCAUAGGCCCAGGCAGAACUCAGAGGUACUCCCGGAGAGGCUACCUCGGGUUAGUUCCGUGGUCAGAGAGAAGCUUCAGGAAGUUCUACAAGAGCUGGACCUGGGCACCGAGGCUCCCCUUUCCCCACUGCCUUGUCCCCAGCAGCCCUGGAAGAGUAACACUUCCCGCAGCCCCCAGAAGCUGUCCCCAUCUAAACUGGGUUUCAGCCCGUAUGUGGUGAGAAGGAGACGGGCAGCCCAGCGGGCUCGCUCCCGCAUCCCUGGCUCUGUGGGCCUCAAGAUGGGGCAUCAAGCAAAUAGUACUGUUUCUGGUUCACAAAAUGGGCUUAUUGUACAGAACAGAGACAGCCCCAGGCUGGACCACCACAAUGCAAGGUCCAAGGAACCAAGGUCCUCUUCUGUAAAACCAUCACCAAUCUCAGAACCUCACCAGAGACGGGGUAGCCUGGAGGGCGGCAAACAAUGUGAGGCGAAGCCUCAGGAGGCCAGGGGAUACAGUGUAGCUUUUCCUCGCCAACCCUCUGCUUCUGCCCAGGCACAAACUCCCACUGCCCCAUGCCUAUCCUCUUCACCAGCGCUGCCCAGGCAGCGUCAGCCUCUACCCCUUCUGUCCCCUGGCUGUCCUUCCUUGUCUUCUGGGUGCUACAACCUUGACAGUGAGUCUAGCAGCUCAGAUGAGUUCUUCUGCCGCUGCCACAGGCCCUACUGUGAAAUCUGCUUCCAGAGCUCUUUGGACUCCAAUGACAGUGACACUUCAGACAGUGACCUUGAGCAGACGUCAGGAUUGGCCUCCUGGGAAAAGCUGUUGGCCCGCUCAAAGCCUGUUGUGAACUUCAAAGACGACUUGAAGCCCACAUUAGUGUGAAAAGCAGCAAAGGUGGGCUGACCACAGAGGUCAGUCUGGGUCCCCACAGAACCAGGGAUCAUGGGAGGGGAGCUAGAGUUUAGUCUUUGGGGACCAGAUCAGCACCGUGCCUUGACCAGCCUCCACUGUGUUUUGGCUGUGUUCUUACUUACUCUGAAGACCUUUUAAUCUAUGAAAGGAGGGCGUUCCCCACCCUGCUACUACCUCAGCACUACUGUGAACAACUCUAGCAAGGGCUAAGAACAACUCCUUCAGCUGAGGGUUCUAAAUGAGCGGAUAGGCUUAUCCAUUCAGCUUAGCCUGUUCUUUACGAACCUCCGAUGUGUACCAAGUGCUAGCUCGACAGAUGAACUGAAAGAUAGAGAGAUACAUUUCUGCAGAACCACUGUGACCCACCAAACCAGCCUGUCAGCGAACGGACCUUCAGGUAGAUGAGCCUACGCCUUUGUCUCUCAUAGGAAGGGAGACUUGCUUUCUGCUGAAGGCUUGUGAGCCUCACUAUGUCAGGGUUUCAGCUUCUGGCUCAAGUUGGCCCAGCAUUGCCCACCCCGUUUCUUCUCCACAGACCGUCAUGGCACCUCACACGCCGUGAGCCUCAACAUAAUUUCCUAACGUUCCCACAAGCUUCUCAGAUCGUUCUCCUGGGCUCAGUAGUAACUGGAGCCCGCCCACCCUGCUCUCUCCCAGCGAUACAAUGUUCUGUUUGAACACGUAGCGGCAGAAGUCUGUGCUGGGAGACUUACUGGUCCAAAGGUAGUUUUAGUGCUACUGAGGUUACGUGACCACUAAAGAUCCCUAAACCUAGAAAGAAGAUAGGGAACUGGGAAGAAAUAAAGGGCCAGGCAUGGUGGUACACACCUUCUGUCCCAGCACUCAGGA